UGGGAUGGGCGUAUUGUAUUGGAGAUAGCGAAAUCCUCUUUUCUGCCCCCUCAUGAUUUCUCCAAUCCGUCCCUCUAAGACACUCACCAAGCUUACACUACACAAUAGUCUUUUAGAUAAAAAUCCAUUUAAACAAUUUGUAUUGAAAAUAGACCUUCUGUGUCCCCAAGUAAAUGUCUUAUUGUCCCUUUGGGGGUUGACACAAAAUAGCUAGCCUUGAUAAUGUCAGGACCCCAGAGUAACAAAUAGUCCUAGCUUAUCCAAGCAGUGUGGCCAGAGUGAACUUUGGACGUCAGAGCCUAUGCUGGGAUUUACAAAAAAAUACUUCAGUACACCAUGUUGUUGCAACGGCUUCUCUGUCUCUCUUUUCUCCCUUUUUGUUGUUUAUCAGCUACAGUAUUCCUAACAAAGGAUGUGGCUAACAGCAUGUUGCCUAGACAGAAGCGAGCAAACACUUUAUUUGAAGAACUGAAAGCAGGAUCACUGGAGCGUGAAUGCAGAGAGGAGAUAUGUUCCCAAGAAGAAGCAAGAGAAAUCUUUGAGGAUGAUGAGAGAACGCAAGAAUUCUGGAAAGUAUAUAAUGAUCCAGAUCAGUGUUUAUCCAACCCCUGUCAAAAUGGUGGAACAUGUGUGGAUGAAUUCCAGUCUUACAUGUGUCGCUGUCCAGAAGCAUUUGAGGGAAGAAAUUGUGAACUUGCUUUUGAAGAUACUCAGAAAUGCCUAUACCUGAAUGGAGGUUGUGAGCACUUCUGCAAUGACACCAACAAUGGCUCAGUUUGCACAUGUGCUGAGGGGUACAAGCUUGAUGCGGACGUGACGUCAUGUAUACCUACAGUAAAGUAUCCCUGUGGGAAGAUCCCACUUGAAACAUCAAAUCCAGAUGAAGUAAAGGACGACACACGAGGACGAAUAGUUGGUGGAACAGUUUGCCCAAAAGGACAUUGUCCAUGGCAGGUUCUCUUAGCUUAUGGAGACAAACACUUUUGUGGUGGCGUCAUAAUUCAUCCACUCUGGGUUGUUACUGCAGCUCAUUGCUUUCCUAAAGUAACUACAGUUAACUUGAAAGCAGUCGUUGGUGAACAUACAAUUGAUGUCAAUGAAGGUACUGAACAGACGAUUAAAGUUAAAAAAAUAAUAAUUCAUGAAAGAUAUAUAAAAGAUAACACCGAUAGUGAUAUUGCGCUGCUGAGACUGGACAAGCCCAUUAUUUACUCCGACUAUGUUGUUCCCAUCUGCCUACCAGAGAAGCACUUGGCCCAGAAUGAACUGGCAGCUGUGAGAUACUCAACAGUAAGUGGGUGGGGCAAACUCAGUGAAGGCGGCCCUACUGCUUCCAUUCUGCGUAAGCUGACGGUGCCACGGCUAAAGACACAGGAGUGCGUCGAGAACAGCAAGUUGAAUAUUACCAAGAACAUGUUCUGUGCUGGCUACUUUGAAGGAAAGCAGGACUCCUGCAAGGGAGAUAGUGGCGGACCUCAUGCCACGCUUUAUAUUAAGACCUGGUUUCUCACUGGAAUCGUGAGCUGGGGCAAAGGAUGUGCCCGGCCAGGCUUCUAUGGGAUUUAUACUAGGGUGUCUCGUUAUUUGAACUGGAUUAAUAACCAUGUGCAUUCAGAGGACGUUCCUCUGCUUCCGUAUCCUAAAGUGUCUGCCAAUGUUACAUCAGUGUAAACAUUGCAUUAAUAUUCCAUUUACAAUAUGGUAUAGAAAAAUAUGUAAUCGAGGAUGGCCUACUGUUUAAGAUUUUGUAGACAAGGUCAAAAAUUGUGCAGUGUUUGUUUCCAUGGUAAUAUAUACAAUAUUUGUAUUAUAGUUUAUUUUUUCAUUCCAAAAUAUAUUUUGACCCUCCGGUGUGACACCCUUAAAAAUUAAACUGGCAUACAUUUAUCACUA